AUGUCCACCUCAACCAUCACCACCAAUUCAGAGACCACCUCGACUGGUAGCACCACUUCGGAGAGCAGCGCGACAAGUGCCACCUCGACGUCGGCGACUUCGACGGGCACAGCAACUACUAUUUCACAGACUAGCUCGACUGGUAGCACCACUUCGGAGAGUAGCUCGACCAGUGCCACCUCGACGUCGGCGACUUCGACGGGCACGGCAACUACUAUUUCACAGACUAGCUCGACUGGUAGCACCAUUUCGGAGAGCAGCUCAUCCACUUCGGAGACCAGUUCGACCAUCUCGACCACUGCCACCACGAAGUCGGCGACUUCGACCAGCACGGUGUCCAGCUUCACCAGGACCACGUCGGAGACAAGCUCGAUUACGGCGAGCACGGCGUCGGCGACUUCGACGACCACAGUGUCCUUCUCGACUAGAACAACGACGUCAGGCACAAGCUCUACCACAAGCAGUACGACGUCGGAGACUGCGACGACCACGGUGUCCACCUCGACUAGGACCACGACGUCGAAGACCAGUUCGACCGUAAGCAGUACGACGUCGGAGACUGCGACGUCCACGAUGUCCACCUCGAGCAGGACUACGACGUCGGUGACCAGCUCGACAACUGCUAGCACAUCCCAGACCAGUUCGACUGGAACCAGCUCGACUACUGUCAGCACUUCCCUGACCACGCUCAGCGCCACGUCGGAGACCUCUACUGCGAGCAGCUCGAGCACACUCAGCACCACCUCGAAGACCUUGUCUAUGACGAGCUCGAGCGAGACGAGCACGACAACGGUCACCUCCUCUACCACCCUCAGCUCCACCAGCGCAACGAGUGCGAGUGCGACCAGCUCCACCGAGACCUCCACCAGCACGGCCUCGAGCACCACGCGCUCGAGCGGCACGCGCUCGAGUUCGACGACCGUGACAACCGCCAGCGCGACCAGCACCACCACUCGGAGCAGCUCCACGGCAACCAGCUCCACGAGCUCCACCGCAACCAGCACCACCCGGACCACCAGCUGGCUGCCGUGCAGGCCAGGGUGCGAGGGUGCCACCUACUUUGGCUGCGACGAACCCUUGGCGGCCGGCCGCAGCUGCCACCCGUCCAAGAUCAGCAGCAGCCCGUGCAUAUCUGGAGUGGCGCCCGAGCUGGUAUGCCCCGCACAGAACCUCGACAACAGCCGCAUCCCAAAGUUCUUUCCAGCAAUCCCGGACGAAGACACGCCGAUGAUCCAGUGCCGUGUCUGCGGCAUCGGAUCACUGAGCGAGGAUGAGAGUGGUGUCCAGGGCUACUACACAGGCGUCAUCAGCUUCGGUCGCAACCAGAUGCACGGCGAGCUGAACGAGGAACACGUCGUCGGCUACAACCUCUACUUCGUAAACGCCCUUUACGAGAAGGUGCCUUGGAACGGGCAAGUUCAGGCAAUCCAGUUUGUGCACAAGACGGAAGGGCAGCCAGGAGCCUGUUGCGCCGACGACGCCUACGAGGUGUCGGUGACGGACCUCGAGCUCCCGUACGGCGAGGUCGCCGACCCAUCGGACCUCCGCAUCAUGGUCGUGGCCGUGGACUCCGAGGACGUCGAGAUGCCCGUGGGUCCGACUCAGGAGUUGCCCGUCGACGCCGACGAGGCGUGCCCCCCGCCCAGUCUCUUCCUGGCGGACACGGACAUGCAGCUGUGCGAGCUGGCAGGGCCCGGCCAGGGGCCGCCCGUCGCCCGCCCCCCAGGGGCGACUGGUGCGCAGAGACCGCACCGCAGCACAGCGAGGAGGCUCAGCGAGGGCUUCUGCACGGCCUGCGCGGGGAUGCCCCUGGUGGGGUGCACGUCGGACCUGAGCCCAGGGGAGAGCUGCAGCCCGGUGAAGCCGACGUCGGGCUGCGUCCAGGGGGCCGAGCUCACCCUCACCUGCCCCGCCGGCCACGCCGGCGCCGCUCUGCCAAGCAUCCUCUACCACGAGCCCGAUUUUCCGACCCUCGUGUGCCAGGUCUGCGGCAUCGGCGGCGUGAGCGAGGACGCGGACGCGCGCGCGGGGUAUUACGACGGCAACGUAAGCUUCGGCAGAAACACGAAGGGGUCCAGCCAGAUCGACGAGACUUCGAUCAAGGAGUAUAGGGUCUACUUCUCCGAUGGUGCAGGGAACAAGGACCUGUACGGGGGGCUCAUCGGCUCCGUCAGUGCAGCCUCGUCCGGCGUCGGGGCCGAGAGCGCCGACUGCUGCGACCGUGCGGCGUACUCGGUGGCGGUCGCGGGCCGCUUCCGGCCUGGCUUCGCGACCCACAUCAUGGUGGUGCCCGUCGACACGGACGAUCUGGAGAUGCCCGUGGGGCAGACGAUGGCAUUCGUCGACGCGGAGUCCUCCUGCGUGGAGCCGGCCGGCAUGCUCGCUCCUGCGGUGCCGAUGGGCCAGUGCCCCGACGGCGGC